AUGCACUCCGCGCCUCGGGCGUCGCUGUCGCGCCGCUUUGACGCGCAGGGCGCCGACCUGCCGCUCGACCGCACCGACGCUGUCGGCCCUCUCGUCGAUGUCGAGCAGCGCGCGCCGCAGUCGGUCGCCGCGUCCCGACGGGAAUGCCGCCUGACGGCCACCUUCGCGCAACCUGACCAGACGUACCCCCUUCCGCCGCCCGCGAGCAGCUCCGCCCAGUCCCAUUCCAUUGGCCUCUGCGCUCCGCCCCACCGCGUAGGCCGCAGACGAGGCGAUAGCAGAGACCGUUUCGACGGCGACGUGGACGACGACGUGGCAGUCGCCUAUGCUCGUGCCGUCGACGACGCGACUCAGAACCUGACUCAGAAAUUCACUCCGACUCAGAAACCGACUUUGGUGUUGACGCCGACUCAGAUGCCGACGCCGACUCAGAAAUCGACGCCGACUCAGAAAAUGACUUUGGUGUUGACGCCGACUCAGAUGCUGACGCCGACUCAGAUGCCGACUAUGACGGCGAUUGAAGCAGUCGCUCCCGUGUGUCGCUGUCGCCGCUUCGACGGCGCGAAGCCGUUCUCAGCGCCAGGCGACGGCGCUCUACCGCCCGCGCGGUCCGACCCGUCGAGCGCUUACGCCGACGCGCGUCUGCGCUACGCUCUGGUCGUGCGCGUCGCGAGCGUCGAGUCGGUGCAGCACCGCGUGCGCGUGCGCCUCAAAGUGUCGGACGCCGAGACGCAGCAGCGCUGGGAACUCGACAAGACGCUCGAGGACAUGACGUGCUUUGUCGCGCACGUGCAGCGCGUGGGCCUCGAGCACGCGCCCGUCAAGCGGCCACUCUGGGGCGCGUUUCGGGGGCUGCAGCGCUUUCGGCUGCCGACGGUGCGCUUUGCGUUCCGCGGCGCGACGCUCAACGCCCAGCGGCGCGUGCUGUUUGACGCGUUCUUGCGGCAGACUGCGGCGCUGGUCGCGCCGGUGCCGCUGGGGCCGCGACGGCUGCAGGCGGUGCUGUCGCUGCAGGAGUUUGUGGACGUGCAACGGCAUUGCGGAGCGCUGAGUCGGCGGCCCGACACGUGCAUUUGCCGCACGAACGACGUCAUGGCGUCGCACCUGGUGGCGUCGCUCUUUGCAGCGUCGGACCAUCGCGUCCCGCGCGCGUGCGAGUCGUUUGUGCGCGCACUGACGCAGACGUACGUGGACGACAAGCGCGCGUUCCUGUCGAAGCGCAAAGCACGAACGCUGUUGGACUCUAUAGCGAGCAAGAUGGGCGACAUUACGCGCGACAUGCUGCAGGACCAAGUGCUGCUGGGCCAACUUGCUGUCGCGCGGCUGGAGCGCUCCGAGUCGGACUAUUACGAGUUCCUCGACGAGGUGAAGCACGCAGUGUGCGGCUUUGUGCAGCAGCGCGUGCUCGUGGCGCUGGAAGAUCAUGUGCUCGAAGCAUUGCACACGCUGACGGACUGGGACGAGGAGCUGGCGCUGAAAAAUAAGAUCAAGAUGCUGCAAACGAAGCCGCAGUCGUUUUUCGGCGUGCCGUCUCAUAUUGCAGCGGAGUCUGGCAACGAUUGGGAGGACGCACGUCGUGAGCUGCGCCGUGUGAAUGAGUAUGCGCUACCGCUGGACAAGCUGAAGUGUUUGGCGCGUGCGGCGGGGGCGAUUUUCCAAACAUGUGGACCGUCUUGUUCGUCGUCGAUCGACACGACGAGCAGCGUGUCCUCUAUUGAUGAGCUGGACAUGGUGUUGCGGCCGUCAAUGACGACGGACGAGUUUAUUUCGGUGCACUUGUUUGUGCUGGUCAUGAGCAACAUGUCGCAGCUGCUGAUCACGCGCGAGUUUCUGCGGGUGAUGUGCGACCCUCAAGACAUCAAUGGGGAGCUUGGCUACUAUCUUACUACGUUCGAAGUGGCAGUGAGUCUGCUUGUGAAUCACUCGUAUGCCCAGCAGCCAAUGUUGCUGUGA